AUGCGAAAACGGGGUAGUGAUGAAAGCUUCGCAUGUGGUGGUUUUUCUCGCACGGUCGAGGAAGGCAUCGAGGAAAUAGACCAGCGACUGCUUGUAGAUCAACGUCGAGCAGGAGCCCGCAAAAGUAGACCGGAUAGGGAACUCCAACAACCCCAACUUCCGAUUCAUUGUUCACGUCUGGACGUCCCGAGCAAUGAUUUGAGGAAAAAAAGACUGGCAGAAUUGGAGGAGAUGACCAGGCUUUAUGAGACUAGCGGUCUCGGGAUUGAAAUCGCUAAGAAGUCAACUUCCCUCCAUUCAUCUAACACAUCUAUUGCGCCCUCUGUCAUACCUUCCGCCAUGCCCGAUAUCGUGCCCAAUAUCAUUCCCGGACUGGACUCCUACGGCUCGAUACCUCGCGCUCGAGUGAUCGUCCAACAGCUGCCUGAGCGCCCAAUGACCCACAAAUACCAAACUGCGAUUCGGGAAGGAAGAAGACUCACUCGAAUAACCAAUCAAGCGGCCGCACUGCCCCAAAACCCUGCCGCAUCUCGUCAAGUACGAAAUUCCGCAACUCUUCUCUUGCCAUUUCAACCGUCUGAAUCAACUAAAACUCCAAUUCUGGAGCAUCAGGCGGAACCUUUGGCUUCUCGGCGGGAGGUAUGUGCAGAAUCAGGAUCCGAGGAAGACCUCAAGGACAGAUCAUACUUAGGAGCCACACACAAGCAUGAUUCUUCACGAACCUCGCGGUUGCGCGCAUCUGGACUUUUUGGCCACAUACUGAGACCACGAAAGUCUGAAAAUGCGUCUAGAGCAUCAACACCAAACUCUCUCCAAAUCACAGAAUUAUCCCCUUUCUCGACAUUCACUCCAUUCUCUGAAUCAGAUCUGCGGUCAGAAUCGGAUAUUUCUUCGCGCAUGUCGUUUGAAAAUCAACUCGGGGACGACAAUUAUAUCCACGUAGAUCCAGUUCAGCCGCUUGUGUAUCUAGAUGAACGAACGGACAGACAUGUGGCUGGAUCUUAUGAUGCUUCAAGCCUAACCAGUCACACACUCGAAUCAGCUUCGUAUUCAAGCCUGUGGCACGAUACUCCCGCGAGUUCCAUUUCUCCAUCAACGCGUAGUCGUGACAGCGCCUGCCACUCUGAGGUCCCAGAUGGCCCACCUUCGGGUAUAGCUCAAUCACCCAAGAUCCGCGAGGAAGUUCGAUACUCAUCAAGCUUCUUGGACUUUAAUGAAGAUGAUGUCGAAGACUCCAGCGAUUUAAAGCACAUCUGGAAAAAUAUCUCGAUGUCUACUAUGUCAAAGAAUACAACUUCACUGAAAGAAUUGAAAGAACUUUGACAUCUAAGUACAUAUGCUUGGUUAUCUUAAUUCGUGUCAUUCGAUAUUUCAAUUCAAUCUUUUCUUACACCCUCAAGUCCGCCCCGGCUUCUUCUUCCAGCUGUUGUAUCAUUUCAGAUUUAUCAUCAUUUCACAAAGGACACUUAAUUCGUUUAUCUUAUAUUUUUUAUUCAUAUUUAUGGUUUUUGCUCACUUUACCAAGUCUCGCUAAAUGUUCUUGGGUCACAUUUCAAAAAACUGUGGCGCAUGUCUUUAAGUUUAGCCCACUUUUUCGAUCUUCAUUGUAUAUCUCCAUUCGUCUCAUCAUAUACCCACUCAUACUACUGCACCUCAUGUCGUAGUCAGAUAUUUCAUGCUAUUAUUGUCGCCGCCAUUUUUUUAUCCCUUGUCUAUCCUUUAACCCUCUUUAUCCUCGAAGUUGUACCAAUCUCCUCUACGGCAAGAUUUGGUCAUUCUCUCAAUGUUUUCUAUUGAAAUCCAACACAACACUCAUUUGAUUUCUUGAGCCUUUCAAAUCACAAUUUUGAAUCUUCCAUCGAAAAUAUAAACUAUAAGAUAUAGCAAGGUGUAUAUACCGAUUGGAUAAUCAGAAAGAGAUUUUGAUCAGACUGG